AUGCCGGCCUGCUCGUUCUUCACAUUGGUCACUCGCACCUGUCAGAGUCACUGCGUCCAAAACUGGUGAACUUAUUUGCAGUUUUUACCGGCAUGUUUUCAGAUGCUUAUGGAAAGAAUUUUUGAAUAACUAUUUUAUAUUCACGCGAAUGUGUUCGCAACAAGUGUUUGUUCAUUAACUAAAAUUCUCAUAACACAAAUCCUUGAUUUUUACUGCAAAAAUUGGUGCUAUCUAAACCAAAGACAGAACGAAGUUUCUUGAAUUCCCUAGUUUGACUUCUGAUUCAAACUUUUUUUUUUGAAAAGAUUGUUUUUUUUUUAUUGGAAAAAUGUUAUUAUUUGUGAAUAAGAACUGAUUAUUCACAGAAAAUAAUGUGUAAAAAUGUUUUGUCUAGUUUUUCAAAUCCUUAACGAGUUAACCACUUUUUUCAACUGAUCUUUGGCUAUACUGGAAAACUCAUUAUUUUGAAACAAUCUAGUUGGAACUUUGAAAGAUACCGGCUGCCUAAACACUCUGGGGCUGGCUUUCAUGCUAUCUCAAAAUAUUAAAUUUUUUUCAGAAGCUUAUUCAACAUUUGGAGAGUUUUAGAUCCUGCAGUGCUCGCGAUGCCGGUGUGCAGUAUGGUCAGCGACUGGUCGAGGUGCCAGAAAUCGGACCAUUGUCCUCUGGGUCUCAUGUGCUGGGCUCGCGGAUCUCCGUGUUGCACACCGCAGAUUUCAGAUGUCACCAAAUUUGGUUUGUUUGCUCUUUCGAAAAGCGAUAUUAUCCCGUUAAGGCGCGGCUGAACAGUGUCCGACCACUAAACAAAUGGGAAUCCAGUGCUACGCAAAGGUAACAAAAAAUCGAAAAAGAACAAAACACAGACUUCCUCAAUUUCCUUCUAAUGUCAUUCAUUAGUAUUGAAAAAACCUGUCGUAUCCAAAAAAUAGUCGGUGUAAGUCGCAUACUUCGAAAAUUAGUUUUAUGAAUCAUUGCUAUGAGGCACACGAAAGAUGAGAUUUAUAUCCUUGAAAAUUGGCGAAAAAGAUUGUGAGCCCACCAAGCCCAAAUGAUAAUUGAAAUUUUGCUGAAAGUAUUGAUUUUCAAAAUCUCAAAACAACCAAGUUUUGAAUAGUGAUCUUUUUUUAAUACUCAAAUUUGUAAGACUUUUGUUUUGACGGUUUGUUUGCCGUUUGCGCAUACAUGGGUCUUGUUUGCCUUGUUCGAGAAGCCUUUGAUUGUAUGUUGAUAGGCCAGGCAAAAAAGCGCACAAUAAACAAAAGCUUCCAAUAGAAAAACACGGUGAAAACAAGAUCAAAGUUGUGUGGUCUCUUUGAAAAAAGCAUUUUACCGCGAAAAAACGAGAACACUUACAGAACCCGGUCAACUGGUGCAACUCGGACAACGACUGUCACAAAUCGAGUGUUUACCAAAAGUUGUCGCAGUGGACUUCAUCAAAAAAACUGAUAAUUCAGAUGUUGUCCCUCGGGUUGCGGUUACAAUAUGUGCAUCCGGACGAGUCUCAAUGUUAACGUCAAAGUUCGAAGUACGUUUUUGAGCAAAAAAAAUUAAUAGGUUUAUUGGAAAGUAGUCCGCGACCAGAUAAUCUCAUUUAUUUAGUUCAAGAACCACUGGCUCUUUUAUUUUCGCCGCAGGAGUCGUGAAAAACGAGAAGGACGAAAAGACAAGAAAUGAUGAAAAGUCAGAAUAAUAAAAAAAAGUGUGCCGUUAAAUAGGGUGUAUGCCUCACUUUUUCGUCAACUUUAUGUUCUUCGAUUUCUUUCGCCAGAAAAAUUACGAAAAUUUAAACGUAAAAAAACAUAUUUGUUCAAGACGAUUUUUCAUUAUAAUUUUCCUGAAAGUUUCUCACUUUUUCGUUAGAAAUUGGAGGACUCCAAAAACUUUCUUUGCCUGUCCUCAAAGCUCAAAAUUUUCAGUGUCCUCUUUGAGCCUGGUGCCAGACCAGUGCCCCUCCAUGGACUCGAUCAACAUUUUCUGCGUUUCCCAAGGCGUCAGCUGGUGCUCCGCACACCAGGACUGUCUUUCCAAUGCCGCUCAAACUCGAUAUUGCUGCCCUACCAGGUCAAAUUCAGACCAGUAAUUCAAAAAAAAAGAAUUCUUUCAGGUGUGGGUACAAUGUCUGUCUUCUCAAAGUCUACGACCGGUGGCUCAUCGCUUAA